CCUCUGUCGCCUCACAGCACCCAGGGCAUCUCUUACUCUCAGCGAGAUGGGAAAGAUCACCUUCUUCGAGGACCGCAGCUUCCAGGGCCGCUGCUAUGAGUGCAGCAGCGACUGCCCCAACCUGCAGACCUACUUCAGCCGCUGCAACUCCAUCCGAGUGGACAGUGGCUGCUGGAUGCUCUAUGAGCGCCCCAACUACCAGGGCCACCAGUACUUCCUGAGACGUGGAGAAUACCCUGACUAUCAGCAGUGGAUGGGUUUCAGCGACUCCAUUCGCUCCUGCCGCCUCAUCCCCCAACACUCUGGCACUUACAGAAUGAGGAUCUACGAAAGAGAUGACUUCAGAGGACAAAUGUCCGAGAUCACAGACGACUGUCUCUCUCUUCAGGAUCGUUUCCACCUCAGUGAAAUUCACUCCCUCAAUGUGAUGGAGGGCUGCUGGGUCCUCUAUGAGAUGCCUAGCUACAGGGGACGGCAAUACCUGCUAAGGCCAGGGGAGUACAGGAGAUAUCUUGACUGGGGGGCUGCAAAUGCCAAAGUUGGCUCUUUUAGACGAGUCAUGGAUUUUUACUGAGGCAUUUUGAGACUCUAUUUUCUGCCUCUAGAACCUAAUAAAAUAUGUAGCUUAUGAUUCUGGCA